AUGGAGCACUGUCUUGGUUCCAGUCAUACAUACGUCACAGACAGACAACAGUUUGUAAUUAUCCAUGGUGAAAGGUCGGACUCUCUACCAGUAAAGCAAGGGGUACCUCAGGGUUCUGUGUUAGGUCCAAUUUUGUUUUUGUUCUCUGUGAAUGAUAUUACUCUUCACCUAUCAACUUCAUCUACGGAUAUUUUCGCAGAUGAUACAACAAUUACAGCAAGUGCGCAUUAUUCAAAUAUCCAGUCCUUAACUCAGCAUUUAAAGAAUUAUCUUGAAGCUUUAAGUGAAUGGGCGACUAAUAACAGAAUGUUUAUAAACACGGGAAGGACGAAAUUGCUGCUCAUUACUGGGAAACGCAUUGCGAAGAAGUUGGGUCAAGACACUUCCCCUUGUUUGAACGUUAAGAUCGAUAACUCUGAAAUUUCGGAAGUGUCUUCGCAUGCAUCAGCUGAAAUGUUAUUUUUGGGCCACAAAAGAACCAAAGCG